UUCGCAAUGAAGAUGACCAAGAUUCUAAAGACGAUGACAAAAACUCCAAAGACAAUGACAACGGCUCCAGUGAUGACAGUUCCAAGAACUAUGACUCUGGUAAAGCUAAAUUACAUCUAGAAAGCAAAAAAAAAGAAUUUCGCAAUGAAGAUGACCAAGAUUCUAAAGACGAUGACAAAAACUCCAAAGACAAUGACAACGGCUCCAGUGAUGACAGUUCCAAGAACUAUGACUCUGGUAAAGCUAAAUUACAUCUAGAAAGCAAAAAAAAAGAAUGUUA